AUGGCUUCCAAUCUCUCAAGCAAAGUUCGACAACAGGAAAACCAACAAGGUGGCUUUACAUACGAACGGCACGAGGUAUAUGAAGCGACAAGGAUUGAUCAACCUUCUAAAACGCCUGACAUCAUAAAGAUUAAAAAGCAAAUCGUCUCUUGGAGUAACUAUGGUUAUUCCGAGCCUAGUGACGAGGUUUGCCGUGAAAUCCACAAUCUAUCCCAGUUAGAAGACUGCAGGAGCACGCCUAAACUUCUUGGGUACGCUGUCCGAAAGCAAGGCUCCAGUGACGAACUACCAGGCGGAUAUAUUGCACAGAUUGUGAUGCAGCAGGUCCCCGGAGAGAAUCUACAUGGCUUUGACACAUUUACGAAAGAGGAGCAGAAUCGUAUUCGAGUUGCAUUUAUAGAAAUCAUGGGAUAGAAAAGGCUGAGAUAGAAAACGUUUUGAGUUAGAGCUCUGCUAACGGCCUUUAGGGAGCUGUGUUCCCGCUAUUUUACUCAUUGGGACCCUCGAAUAGAAAAUAUUAUAUGGGAACCCGAAAGUGGACAAUGCUUUAUUGUGGACCUUGAAGACGUUGAGCAACAUACAAAUCGAACCAAGGAUGCCUUGAUGCAUUAGAACAAUUGGAGUACUGGGGUCUAAUCGAGAGACAAUAUGAUAGUAUACUCUUCGUUCCUCUCUAAAAUCUACAAGUGGCCCAUAUUAUGUCUAACAUACUGG